GUGAUGAGGAUGAGAAGGUUGACACACACACAACGCACAAAAAAAAGUCUAAAAAAGUGCAAAACAAACAACCCACCACACUCCACUCUUUCUUCUGUUGCCAGCUUUAUAUUACCAAGAAGAAGAUGAGAAGGCACUAUUACAAGACUGUGAAGAUAGUAUUUGUAUAAUUGGGGCGUUGCUGCAUUGUUGUUUCGUUUUCGACGAAAGUGAAAUUGAAGAUGAAUACCAGGGUACGCGCUGCGAUUCAGGCCAUGAAAGCUCCUUUAAAUCAUGACAGUAAAAAGGAGAAGAUGGAGAUUCAAGGGAGCACAAUUGGUAGUGCCCAAAAAACUGCAACAAAUCGGCGUCGAUCAAAUAGGGAAAGGAAAUUGGCUUUGCUACAAGAUGUCGACAAGCUAAAGAAGAAGCUCAGACAUGAAGAAAAUGUCCACAGAGCACUAGAGAGAGCUUUUACCAGGCCUUUGGGAUCUCUACCUCGUCUACCUCCUUACCUCCCUCCAUAUACAUUAGAGCUGCUUGCUGAAGUAGCUGUUUUAGAAGAGGAGGUUGUUAGACUUGAAGAGCAGGUUGUAAAUUUUCGGCAAGGGCUCUAUCAAGAAGCUGUCUACAAUUCCUCCAAGAGGAAUGCAGAGAAUUUGAGUGAUGCAAUUGACCAGUCCCCAGUUAGAACUUCCAAACAUGCACGAUCAAGAUCACUGUCGCAAAAUGAGGUCAGUUCAGCAACAUUUACAGCAAGACCUCAACCAUCUCUUGGCAGAUGUACUUCAAGCAGAAAGUUAUUUGCCUCAGAUACCACCAUAUCUGAUCGAACUGGGAUUAAUAGGCCGUCAAAUGGUAAACAAGUUUCUGGGAGACCCAAUUCCUCUUUAUCUCUUAUGGAAGAUGGACGUGGAAAGGAGAACCAAUCAUGUUGUAAUUCGGUGAAGGAUAAGCAAUCUCCUGAGAAAAAAGCCGGAAAAGUUGUUACACCUGUGAAGAGAAUUCCGAUUAAGAAUGAAUUGGCUGAGAAAUGUGCAGAUCCUUCAAAAUUGCAGCUAGAAUGCAGAAUAGUAGACCAAGAAAGAGCGCAAGAGAGCUAUGCUGGUGGUUCAAAUGAUAGAGCAUCAGAAGAUGACAUCCAGCCGAACAAGUUAUCUGAAGAUAUUGUCAAGUGCUUGGCAAGCAUUUUUCUGAGACUUGGUACAUUCAAGGGCAAAGCAAUAGAAUUGGGGGUUUUCCCCUCUCAGUCUUCUCAGGAGAAUGAAAAGGAAACAGAAUUUCGAGAUCCUUAUGGUGUCCAUAAUGAAUGCAAAAGGAGAGAUAUUGGUCAGUAUAAGCAUCUCUUUGCAGUUGAAGCUAGUUCGAUAGAUGUCAACCGAAAGACAAAUGCUUUAUUUCUGAUCCAGAGACUAAAGUUCUUACUUGGGAAGCUUUCAACUGUCAACUUAGAGGGCCUUGGCCAUCAGCAGAAACUUGCGUUCUGGAUAAAUGCCUAUAAUUCCUGCACGAUGAACGCAAUUUUGGAGCAUGGGGUACCUGAGACUCCUGAAAUGGUGGUUGCUUUGAUGCAGAAGGCAACAAUGCUUGUGGGUGGACACUUGGUGAAUGCAAUUACAAUCGAGCAUUUCAUCUUGAGGUUGCCUUAUCACUUGAAAUUUACAUGUCCCAAAGCUGCAAAAAAUGAUGAGUUGAAAGCGCGUAACAUGUUUGGAUUGGAGUUUUCGGAACCAUUGGUUACAUUUGCACUUUCAUGCGGAAGCUGGUCCUCCCCUGCUGUGAGGGUAUACACAGCCUCUCAAGUUGAAAAUGAGUUGGAAGUGGCAAAGAGAGACUAUUUACAGGCUGCAGUUACCAUUUCAAAGUCAAAUAAGCUGAUAAUCCCUAAGCUGCUGGAUUGGUACUUACUGGACUUUGCAAAGGACUUGGAUUCAUUGCUUGAUUGGGUCUGCCUGCAGCUACCUGAUGAACUCAGAGAUGAAGCACUCAAAUGCAUUGAAAGUAGGGGAAGAGAACCUCUCACCCACUUUGUACAAGUAAUGCCAUAUGAUUUUAGUUUCAGGAUGCUUUUACACCGCUGAGAAGUUGUCCCUUAAGACAUUGUUCCAUCCACAGUGGAGUUGUGAGUCUAUAGAUACAAUAGUACAUAAAAAAUGUUGGGCCUUUCUAUACAAUUGGGGAUGAAUAAUGAGAUUGGUUUUGGAUAA